UCAAAACUGACACAGAGAGGUAGAACUUAGAAGAGAGAGUAAGGAGAGACAGACAGAGAGAGAAAGUAGUGAGAGAAAGAGAAACAGAGAGAGGGGGAAAAAGGGCAAAACACCAAAAUCCCAACAAACAGUGCACCUCUCGCGUUUGCGUUCGUAGUGUGAAGAAGAGAAAAUCAGUGUGUACUGUGUGUAGAGAGAGAGAGAGAGAGGGAGGGAGGGAAGAAGGAGUUGUUUUUCCUAGUUUUUACUGCGUCGAAGCCUUCUCUCACUACUUUCUCUGUCUAGAAGUGGAAGGGGGAGAAGGGAGGAAGGAGGAGAAGAAGAAGAAGAGAGGCCCAUUUGACCGGGGUCGCGGGUUCGACGGCCGUACAGUCUCUCAAUGCUCCGCGGGGCUCCGCGAAUUCCGGGUCCGUCGAGCAUGGAGCGGUACGGACGAGGGCAGGAAGGGACGCAGGCGGAUCCGUCGCCGGAAUGGUCGGCACCGGGGCCGGAAACUGGGCUUGAAGAGGGACUGUGGCAGUUGGGAUUGGGUGGAGAAGGCGAUGCCGGGUACCCGGAAAGACCCGACGAGGCCGAUUGUAUCUACUACUUGAGGACAGGGUUUUGCGGGUACGGAGCGAGGUGUCGGUUCAACCACCCCCGUGACCGAGCUGCGGUACUGGGAGCUGCUAGGGCUGGUGGAGAGGAGUUCCCUGAACGAGUGGGCCAGCCUCUGUGUCAGUAUUAUAUGAGGACUGGAAGUUGUAAAUUUGGUGCCUCUUGCAAAUACCACCACCCAAAGCAAGCAAUUGGUUCAGCUGCUCCUGUGCCUCUAAAUUAUUAUGGUUACCCUUUACGUCCGGGCGAGAAAGAAUGUACAUACUAUAUAAAGACAGGGCAGUGCAAGUUUGGUGCUACAUGUAAAUUCCAUCACCCACAGCCAGCCAAUGUACAAGUUCAACGGCAGUCAUUGCCAUCACAGGUAGCACCUGUGGCUACUCCAUUAGCUGCUCCUGCAUUAUAUCCACCCAUGCAGUCUCCAUCAGUUCCCUCAUCCCAACAAUACGGGGUAUUAGUUGCAAGGCCUCCUUUGUUGCAAAGCACAUAUACACAAGGACCUUACGGUCCCAUGCUUCUGUCUCCAGGUGUAGUUUCCUACCCAAGCUGGAGCCCUUACCCGGGUCCCGUAAGUCCAGCAGCAUCUCCUGGUAGUCAGUCUGCACUUGGUUCGAGUUCUGUGUAUGGAAUAACUCAAUUGUCGCCAUCGGCACCUGCCUAUACCGGGGCUUAUUCACCUAUGCCUUCUUCAAUUGGGCCUUCAAGUAGUAGCCAAAAGGAACAGUCUUUUCCUGAGAGACCUGGUCAACCAGAGUGUCAAUAUUACAUGAAAACCGGUGAUUGUAAAUUUGGAUCGUCAUGUAGAUACCAUCACCCGCCUGAAUUCAGUGCACCAAAAACGAAUGUCGCUCUUAGUCCCUUGGGUCUCCCCAUGCGCCCAGGGGCCCCUCUUUGCACUCACUACACGCAGCGUGGGCAAUGCAAGUUCGGUCCAGCAUGCAGAUUCGAUCAUCCAAUGGGAAUAAGUUACAGCCCAUCUGCAUCAUCCUUGGCCGAUAUGCCCGUUGCACCAUACCCCGUGGGCUCUUCAAUCGGCACUCUAGCUCCAUCCUCCUCAUCCUCAGAGCUACGCCCUGAACCGACAGGAGGAUCUAGCAAGGACUCCUCCAGUUCCACGAGGAUGACAUCAUCAUCAGUUAACACAUACAGUGGGUUCAUAGGCUCAACUUAUUCAAGUACUCAUCAACCUUCUUCUGGUUCUUUAACUGGCAGCUGCAGCAGUGGCGGUGACAGCAGUGCACAUGCCUCGAGCUAAUUGAAAGGUUCUUGCAGCCUCUGUUCAUUCUACCUCGAUCACCAUUCAUGAAAGCCACAAUAUUCUCUUUUUUCUUUCACCCCAAGCUAGCUGUCAACUAGGAAGCAAAAGGUUCUCUUAACUUAUAUCAUCCCUCAUAUGGCCAUCUAUCUUUCCCCCCUCAUCUUUUGAAUAAACUAUGGGCAAGGCUUAGUGAACUGCCCUAAUAUAGCCUUGUUUGCCCCACCCCUUUUUUUGUUUGAAUAAUAACCAUGAGAGGUUACUUGCAGUUCUCUUGCCUCUCUCCCUCUCCCUCUCUUUAGACAGAAGUUGAGUCCCAAGGGAAGUUGGGGAGAGAGAGUCGGUUUGGACUUUGGAGAAUUGUGGCAUAUUGUAUGUUCUCUUCUUUGUUUUCAAAGACGAAAGAAGAAUGAGAGCAGCUCAAGAUUCUUCCUUUCACUUCAGCCUGAUGGCUUCCAAUUUGUGCAGUGAAAAGGAAAGAAGGAAUUGGAAGGGGUUUUCUUGUUCAGCCCCCCAGUUUUUUUGGUGCAGGGGUUUUAGUGUGAAGAAAAAAGAAGAAAUACCAGCAACAGAUUUGUGGAAAAAGAUGGGAGGCACAAUCUCAAUGCUCUCUUUACCUUUUUCAUUUUUCCAUCUUUCUCUCCUCCAAUGUGAUUAGAUGCAUAGUUGUUCUUAUAUGUGUUGUUCCCACAAUCAACUCUCUCUCUCUCUCCCCCUAUCUUUCUGUGACAUUGUUAUUGAUGACUCCUGUUUAUGCAUAGUUUACAAUGUAUACCAAGAAUCUCUACCUUCUUUUGUUUGUAAUAAUGAGAUGAAUUCCUCCCUCCA